AUGAGCUCAAAACAAUUUCAUCUUCUCGGUGAAAGCCCAUCGUCUGCCAUCGAUAUUGAUUUGGCAGAGGUGGCAGAUGUUGAUGACCUCCAGCACCUUGUUGCCGCGCACUUCAACAUAAGUCUAAGUUCAGUCUCAGACGUCAAAGACGCGGAUGGCCCAGUUGUCAUCACCAUCGACGGCCAGGGCGUUCGGCAAGUCCCUGGCCCAGCAGGUCUUCCGUACUUUGGCAACUACUUCGAGGUGUACCCAGACCAUCUGGGAAACCAUCAGCGUCUUUUCCAAAAGUACGGUCCCUUGAUUGUCACCAACAACAUGGGCAGCAAGGUCUACCAAACAAACGACCCCAAGCUGUCGCAAAUCUUCUUCCAAGAAAGCGACUUCUUUAGCAAGCGAAUUGUUCCGGGACAUCCCCUACACCCCAUCAAAUCAGUCGAAGCAGGUGUCUUCUUGUCAGAUACAGACACGGAGCAGUGGCGGCUUGCGCACAAGUUUCUGCCUCCGGCCCUCGGGCCCAAGGCAGUGCGCCACUAUGCGCCCACGAUGCAAAGCACCGUCGAACAGGCGUUUGGAGUCUUUGACGAGCUCGACGAGAGCGGUGAAGCUUGGAACGUAUACCAGUACAUGCUCAAACUCGGUUCCCAGGCAGUAGGGAAGCUUGUCAUGGGCAUGGACUUUCAACACUUCACCGGCGUGGAUGCCCCCUUGCACGAAAUGGUGCACCAGAUCGCCCUCAACCUGGAACUAAACAAACGCAUUACGAGCAUGGGCUCAUGGUAUGCCCACAUGCCAUUUGGCGAUCCCAAACGACUGCGCCAGAGCACGGCCAGAAUAGAGGAGAUGAUUAUAGACUCCAUGGCCAAGGCGUCCAAGGGCCAAGUUGAUCUGGACCUUCAAGACGCCGCCCUCGAAGCAGAAAAUGUUGUCGAUUACUUGCUGCGAGCAACAGACAACAACGGCAAGAAGCUGCCGCCAUCGCAGUUCGUCUCCGCGCUCCUCGUGACGACGGGCGCCGGCUUCACCACCACGUCCUCGCUGCUCUCCUGGCUGAUAUACAGCCUGGUGCGGUAUCCCGGAAACCAGGAGCGCCUGCUGCAGGAGCUGGUCGACAACGGCUGGCACCACGACACCCAAGUGACGGCCGAGCUGACCAGCAAGCUCGGCUUCCUCGACAAGUUCAUCAAGGAGACGCAGAGGCGGCACAACCCCUCGUACCAGCCUGGCCGCACGUCCAAGGUGGACAUGAUCCUGCCCGGCGGCUACAAGCUGCCCAGGGACUCGGUGGUGAUUCCCGCCCUGCACCACAUCCACAACAACGAAAGCCUGUGGGAUAACCCGACGCGGUUUGAUCCUGACCGCUGGGACACGGACAAGGUCAAGAACCGGCCGGCGGGCUCGUACGUGCCGUUUGCUGCUGGGCCUCGCAUGUGCGUGGGCUUCAACUUUGCCCUGCAGGAGAUUAAGGUCUUUUUGCCGAAACUCGUCUACCGGUACAAGUUUUUGCUGGCGCAGGAUGGUCCUGUCGAGUACGACCCGUACUUUCAGCUGAUACGGCCGAAUAAUUUAUAUGUCAGGGCGGAGCGGCGCGUGAAGUGGCCGCCGAAAUCAGAAUGA